AGUUAGUAUUGAGUAACUUGAGGUGAAAGGAAAACAGCUCUCUUUCAGUUUAUUUUUUUUUGCUGUGCGCUUUCCCAGCCGAUUCGCUGGAUCGCAACAGUAUCGAGUGACACAAUUGAGACACUUAUAAUGGGUGAUGUUGACAAAUGGAUUGAGAUAGUGGAGAAGUGUCAGUAUUUGCCAGAGAAUGAAUUGGGUAAGCUGUGUAAGAUGAUAUGCGACAUACUCCUCGAGGAGGCCAACGUGCAGCCCGUGAGCACGCCCGUCACAGUAUGUGGGGAUAUACAUGGUCAGUUCUACGACUUGCAGAAGCUAUUUAGCACCGGCGGUGAAGUACCCGAUACGAAUUAUAUAUUCAUGGGCGAUUUUGUAGAUCGCGGCUACUAUAGCCUGGAGACAUUCACCAGGCUGCUUACGCUGAAGGCGCGUUAUCCCAGCCAGAUAACUCUGCUGCGUGGCAACCAUGAAACGCGCCAGAUCACCAAGGUCUAUGGAUUCUUUGACGAGUGCUUCAGCAAGUACGGCAAUGCGAAUGGCUGGAAGUACUGCUGCAACGUCUUCGAUCUGCUCACUAUCGCUGCGAUCAUCGACGAGCAGGUGCUCUGCGUGCAUGGCGGACUGAGUCCCGAGAUUGUGACACUGGAUCAAAUACGCACAAUUGAUCGCAAUGGCGAAAUACCCUAUAAAGGCGCAUUCUGCGAUCUGGUCUGGUCCGACCCGGAAGAUAUUGAGGCCUGGGAUCAGAGUCCGCGCGGUGCCGGCUGGCUUUUUGGCCACAAGGUUACCAACGACUUUAUGACCAUCAAUAAUCUCAGUUUGAUCUGUCGCGCCCAUCAGCUGGUCGAUGAUGGCCUCAAGUAUAUGUUCGAUGAAAAAUUGGUCACAGUGUGGUCCGCGCCCAACUAUUGCUAUCGUUGCGGCAAUGUAGCGGCCAUUCUAAGUUUUAAAACAGCUCAGGAGCGUUUUGCACACAUAUUUCUGGCUGUGCCCGAUGCAGAGCGCGUCAUACCAAAACGCAAUGCCACGCCCUAUUUUUUGUAAUAAACAGCCAAUAAAACAAAUGAAAGCGCCCCCUUUCCUCGUAGGAAUGCAUUUAGUAGUCAAAUAAACCCCAUCUCAUGCACAAAACACGCUAAACCAACAGAUAUCAGAAAUAAAUGUUAUGUUUUGGUCCAUGAUAAUCAA